CGCGAUAGCUAGCUUUUCAGAAGUUGCAAAAACAUGGCGGCGACCAUGGCAGGUGAAAGUUCGAUGGAAGAAGAUUCGACUGUGUACGUGUUCGACCGUCGCAAGGGCUCAGAACCAGAACGGAAAAUCACCCUUGGAGGAGUCUUUAGCUUUGCUGAUUUUAAAGACUUGAUAAAGAAAGAGUUUGGUAUCCCAGAUAAUGGCAAGUUUGUCAUUGCUACCACCAACAGAGAAGAGAUCAAUACAGAUGAAGCUUACGAAGAGCUGGUGGAGGAUGGAGACACUCUGUAUCUUCUUGUGCACCUCAAGCAGGCCUUGCUUGCCCCUACCCAAGAGAGGGUGGAGUACCAGCCUCACUUUGACACCCUUAUCAGGAGUGGAAUGUAUGAGUACUAUGCCAGUGAAGGACAGAAUCCAUUACCUUUUGCAAUAGCUGAACUGAUAGACAACUCUCUUGCAGCCACAAUGAAUAAUGAUGGACCCAGGUGCAUAGAAAUCAGAUUGUACCUGGAUGAAACGGGGGAUAAGAGCACGGUCUGUGUCAUUGACAAUGGCAAGGGCAUGACAACCAGAGAACUCAACAACUGGGCCAUCUAUCGUCUCUCAAAAUUCAACCGAAAGAGGAGAAGACAUAAACAUCAAGAGAAUAACGGUGAUGAAGACAGAGAGAUUCCAAAAUCUCUAAACAGUGACAUCUCAUACUUUGGAGUUGGAGGAAAGCAAGCGGUGUUUUUCAUUGGUGAUUCAACAAGGAUGAUCAGCAAACCUAAGGAUUCAAAGGAUGUUCAUGAGAUGACCGUAUCAAAAGACGAGUUUGAGAGGAGAGAGAAAUGCAAAGAAGACAUCUACAAGGGCAUCAUCCAUAACAGACAGCCUGGUGAAGGUAGCCAUUUGCCACCUGAGGAUGAGAUCCUACACAGUCUGAUCAAGGAAGAGGAAGGCAAGGAGAACUUCACCCAUGUCGUCAUCACUAGUGUCAAGUCACAACACAUCAAGUUCCUCAAGGAGGACUUCACCAGGUGGAGCAGGCAACUAGCACACAUCUAUCACUACUACAUCCAUGGACCAUCAGGCAAUCAGUCCCACCUGUCCAACUCCAUGUUUCGUACACCGAGCCCUUACAAGAACAUUGACAUUAGCAUCACCAUGUACAAGAAGGGCCAUACCCCACGCCAGCUCAACCUCAGAGACAUUGAAGAUGAUCAUCAGUCUAACUUCAUCAGGUCAGCCAAGGACACCUUUGAAUUCCGUGUAUUGGUUGAAGGAACUGGUCUGGUAGAGGGCGUGCUUCGAUAUCAUCCAUUUCUCUUCGACAGAGAGUCCUUUCCUGUGGACUAUGGUUUAGCUGUUCAGGAAGUUGACGACGAGAGUGAUGUCAAAAGAGAUCGACCUGCGAGGGGUAACAAAGCCAUCUUUGAGUGCUACUGGAAUGGAAGACUCAUUCCAUAUACACUUGUCCAAGACUUUGACUGGUGCAGCGUGCCAAAGAGGCGACUCAGCAUUCCUGUCGAGUGCUACAACAGGGUGUCUGGCGCCCUCUUUGCCAACAACAAGUUUGAGGUCAGCACAAACAAGCUGACCUUCAUUGACCUUGAGCUGAAGCUAAAAGAUAAGAGUGCUGUCUUUCAGAGAGUGGUAGGGGGUCAGCCCCAGAGAGUCAAGAUCGACAAACAGUUCACAGAGUGGCUGCAUGAGUGUCAUGAGAACCUUGACAAACAGGUCUGUUUCAGAGACUAUGUGGGUAACAUCAUGAGGCAUGAACUACCCAAGAAACAGCAAGGACCGUGGGCUGUCUUUGAGACGGUGGAGUGGGACGGAAAGACAUAUUCCACAGGACAGCAGGUACGAGUCUUGAGGACAAGUCCAAUUCUUCAUGGAUCGAUACAGCGCUUCAUGUUGUUUGGGGACUUUGAGAAUGAGAUCCAGAAUGGGACAUUGUUUGCAACAGGAGGAGAAUUUGAAAUUGUACAGGAACCAAGGCUAUUGUACAAUGAAACAAAGAUCUACCCCCUAAGUAAACUGGACAGGACAGCGGAUGUGAGGCAGAUUAAGAAACACAUUGAUGAUGAAGAAGGAAAACUUCCAGGAGUUCUUGUCAUCUCAUGGCCUGAAGCAAAUGAGGUCCAUGCAGGAGAAAAACGACCAGCUGGGAAACUAAUAGGUGCAAUCAAAGCUGAGAUCCAUAAUAGGAAAGGUCAAUCCAUGUCAAGGCUUCCUGGAGCUCAGCAUAACUCUAAGAAACUCAUGGUGGAAAUGAAGAUCAUCUGGCAUUCCAGCAGUGGUGACAAGGUGAUAGUAACCCACAUGAGUCAACAUCACAAGACAUGGGCAUUCUGGUUUAGGCAGAUGGAUAUUGUAAGGAACCUUGGCCCCCAUACCCUGAUACUGCAGGCAGUCCUCGGGGAGGAAGGAGCCACUGACUUUGGAGGUCACCCACUACCAAGUCACAAGAUCAAGUUCACAAGUACAGAGGGUCCACCAAGCAAGUUCAGCAUUGAUAUCCUGGAUCCACCGUUCAGGGUAGAUGUCCCUUUCAACAUUCCUCUUCAGCUACAAGAUGAGUUUAACUAUCCAACCAAGCCAACAAACAGCCUCAAACCAAUCCUUGAAGCAAGUGGCCUUGCCAUGAGCUAUGAGAAAACUGAAAUCAAGGGUAUGUCUUUGAUAGUGAAGGGAGUGAAGGCAUCGGGAGAUGUAGGAUCAGCCCAGGGAAAGAACUUCAAUCUAACAUUGAAGAUACCAGGACUGGAGAUCCCAACACAGCAAUUGAAGAUCAGAAUCUUGCCAGGUGAGCCACACAAGAUCAUUGUGCCAACAUUUGAAGAAACAGAUAAGCUUUGCAUAGAGAAUGGCAAAGCGCUUCCUAUAUCAGUAGAAAUCAGAGACGGAGCUGGUAACUUCUCGAUGCAUCCAAAACUCAUAGUACAGUGCAAGUUUCUUGGUGCAGUUGGAUUGCCUACAUACACAGCAGACUGCAGUAACUCAGGGAAGGCAACCCUUACCGGCAAUCCCAUCUUCAUCAAAAACAUCUCCAAGAAAUCACAGAAGAUCAACGCUAGAAUUGAAUUACCGCAUAUGAAAGGAGUCAGCAGUGUGGAGAAGGCUAUCAUGGUCACACCCAGCACCAGUGCGUGUAAGAUCAAUGUGUUCUUCUGUCAACAUCAACACAUUAACGACCCAAAGAAGAAACCUGUCAAGAUGAAACCACAGGAAGAGAUCGAGUGGACGGCCGGAGAGAGUACAUCGCAUAUUAGUUUUGCUCUGUUUGAUGAGGGUGACCAUCACAUGAGGAUCACUAAAGAGUUAGCAAACAAGUUCAAAUUCAACUGGCUACCUUCUUUCAACCCCUCAAUCCUCAUGGAAGGGUACCUACCCCCGAUCAAGGUUCCUAAUACGGUAGGAGAUAAGACGUUCUGUCAGCUGAGACUCACCGAUGGAUCAGGCCUAGAAUUCUCCUUCUAUGUCAAACCACUCCCUGGUGAGGCAACGCAGAUUAAAUGUCAGAGCAAGGGAAGCAAGAAGGUGAAGCUAGGAGAGACCUUGGAUGGUGAGAUUGUCAUCCAUGUCACCGAUGCAUAUGGGAAUAGCAUGAAGAAGCUACCACAUGGAUCCUUGAGCAACCUGAGUGUGACAGCAGACGAUCUGGACACCAAGAUCCUGCAGAAGGCACUUCUUCCCAAUGUGGGAUUUGUCCUUCGGAAUGUCAAGUUUGAUGGGUCAGCGGUAGGGGUUAGGGAAGUCAUGGUGAAGUACAACAACUUUUCUGACCAUAUUAGGUUAGAAGUGCUUCCAGGGAAACCUGCCAAGCUACUUGUGAUAGGCUGGAUGCCAGAGGAGACACUGAUAGCAUAUGAUGGUGCUCAGAUCAACAAUCCAUUGGGCUUUCAAGUUUGUGAUGAAGCUGGUAAUCGUAUCUCUAAUGUCAAUUCAACUAUCUCACUGCAAUAUGACAAGGCAUUGAAGGUAUCGUCUACUUCAUCAUUGACAGCAAGGCCAUUUGCUGAUGGUCAGGUUAGCUUUGGCAAGCUUACCUUAUCUGGUCCCUGUGGGAAGUAUACGCUUCAUGCGAAGAUGAACCUUGGAAGGUCUCCCCUCACGAGUUCUGGUCUCACGGUUCAACUCAAGCCAGAUCCAAAGAAGGCUCACAGGCUUCAGGUGGACUACAGGAAGGAAAGAGUCUACAUUGCUGGGAAUCGUUUCCCAGAUUUUGAUAUCUCUGUAAUUGCUGCUGAUGAGAGUACAAUGACCAACAUUGCUCACAAGAAGAUAUCAAUGAGGAUGUGGAAGUCAGCUACCAAGGAUCCACACACUGGUCCACCACCAUCGAGGGCGCUAAUAACAGAAAUUGACAAACCCAGCAAUGAAGACAGGGAAGGUCAUUUCUACUGCAGGAGGAGAAAACUUCCAGUAGAGGCCAGCAUGCACUGGAUAAUCUUCCAAGCUUCAUUGGAUCAAGCGAUUUUCUACUCAGAACCAAUUGGGUUUGAUAUCCAGCCUGGUCCUCCUGUCAAACUGAUCCCAGAGAUAGCCCCAUCUACACCCACCGUCUCUAAUACACCACGCUCACACAGUAGAACUCUUAUCAAGGCUCUUAGGCUACAGCUCGUGGAUGAUUUUGGAAAUUUGACUGGCAAAGAUUUGGCGGGUAACAUUGAAGUCCACAUGAAGGGCAACAAUGGAGCAGAGCUGCCGAAACUCCAAGGAAAUAAUAGUAUGAUGCAGUUUCCGUUGAAUAAAGGCAUUAGCUUCAUACAGAACAUCUCUAUCCAAGAGAAUACACCAGGCCAUGAUGGGAGUGAGUAUAAACUACACUUCUCACUGAAGAGCAAUGGACCUGAAGUCAAGCCAUUCAUCCAACCAUUCCUCUUCUAUAACGAUGCUAAGAAACAGCAGAGGAUGUCACAGCUGUCAAAGGAGAAAGACACACUCAAGGCUUCUAUCAAGACAUACAAGGAAUUGUUUGAUGGGAAAAAACAGCUUCUGCAGAUGUUCAAAGAAUCUGCUGAGGAUGCUGCAAGGCAUGAGGUCCAGUUACGUGGAGAAAUGAAGCAAUAUGGAGUCAGAGUCGCCCAGAUAGCAACGAGGAAAGGAGCAGAAGAAUAUAUGACAUCUACUCAAGAAAAGAUGGUUGAGUUGAGGAGUAAACCAAGAAGACAGUGUGGAAUGCAACGGUAUGAGACACGCGAUGGCGAAAUACUCGGAAAGGUAGCACACUUAGCUGAAGUAGAGGAAGAGAACGAUGCCUAUGUCUUAUCAUGGCACAUGGCCUCGGAUUUAGACUGCGUCCUCACCACCACAGUGGCUAAAGCUAAAGAGGUGUUUGCAAACACAAGAGGGCGCCAGCAGGUUCUACCCAUCGAGUCAAUUUACAAAAAGGGCCUCACAGAGUGGGAUAAGCCUCUUCCUCACAAGAGAGUUCCUAUGAAGCAUGGUCAUACUCCGUCAGGCAACCCGGUCUAUGCAAGACAUCUACUAAGGUUCACAGGACAUGAAGCAAACUGUAAAAUAGCUUUCAGUCUCUUGCUACAGGAUACCAUACUCUUAGAUACCCUAGAUGAUGCGACAGCAUACAGGCAAUCGAUCGUUAAGUACAUCCACUGCCCAACGCUGCUAACCCGUGAUGGUAAUCGUAUCCGUGGUAACGGAAAGUUUGGCGGGCUCCAGAACCGAUGUCCAUCAGACCUAAGGGGAUGUGUCUUUGGAGAACCUCCUCCCAAAGAGCUGGAAUCUCUUGAGAAGCAGAUGGUAAUCCUGGAAAAGAUCAUACAUGCCAUAAAGAGCCGUGAGCAAGCUCAGGUUGAAUACAAGGUGCAGGAGGCGGCCCUAAGAUCAGCGGAUAUGGUUGCCAAGCAACGGGAUUGCCAGGAAGCCGAGGAACAGCUUGCUCUUGUCAAUCAAAAAAUCAAAAUGGCUGAAAGUUCUACUACAGAUCGUUCCCCAAUUCCUUUGUCUACCACAUCUUCCAACUCAAGAGGGCAGGCUACAGCAAGAGGGACAACGAGAAGACCGGCGCCCUCUGUACCGGAAAGUCCUCGAACCAAACGGAGGAAACCCUAAUGGUACGACCCGCCUUCUACUGUGAUGUGUGUGCUGCAUUGUCUCCCCCUUCAUUCCACACUGCCAACCAAUGUUUGUAUGUAUAUAGACUAUUUUAAUUUUGUGUUUUGUCUUCUGUGCUCUUGUUUGCAUGGUUUUGCAAUGAAUAGGGCAAGGAGGUCAUUUUGUAUAUUCUUAUUAUGUAUAUUUUAUCAACUAUAGUAAACUGAACAGACAAUAUUUUGAAUGUUGUGGCAAUUUAUGCUUUUGGAAACCAGUCGACAAGUAUGUCCAUAUACACACAGUGACAUACAGCUGUGUUAAGUCAAAGGUUGAUUUGGAUCCUCAUAGCCAUUUCAUGGAAUAUAUUCUAUGAACAAGAGGAUGAGUGAACACCUACUUCAUGAAAAAUACUACUGACUUGAUUUGGGUCAAUAUCUUGAGGUAAUGGCAUAAUUGAAUAGCUUUCUGGAUCUUCUAGUGACCCUUCCAGAUAAUAGGGUGUCUUUAAUAAGCUUUGUAUGGAGCAUUUAGCUAUGCAGGGUUGUUAAAGAGUAUGUCCGCCACAUUCAAACAUCUUCUCUCAUUACAUUAUUUUUGAUUUCAAGCUUUUUGUGGACUUAUGAGUUUUACAACCAUGUUUAUUCAUUUAUACUUUUGCUGAACAGCCUGUUCUACUUUGAUCUCCAGGGAAGUCUGUGGUUACUUCUCAAAUUUUGUACAUGAACCACAGAUUGUACUUCUGCAUUAAGUUUGCAAAUUAGAUACAUGACCAUUGCUUUUAAAGAAACCUGUCACAUGUGUUUUUUUUUCACUUAUUAGUAAUCUACAUGAUAUAUGAUCUCUGCUUAAGUGUACCACAUUUUUUUGUUUUAAAGAAGAAAAAAAUGCCAUUCUUUGCUCAUUCCUUUCCGUUCUAUAUACAUAUGAAAAUAAGCGCCAUUGUUUUGUCUAUUUGUCUUCUUUCUCUGUCUCUUUCUAUCUAUCUAUCUAUCUAUCUAUCUAUCUAUCUAUCUAUCUAUCUAUCUAUCUAUCUAUCUAUCUAUCUAUCUAUCUAUCUAUCUAUCUAUCUAUCUAUCUAUCUAUCUAUCUAUCUAUCUAUCUAUCUAUCUAUCUAUCUAUCUAUCUAUCUAUCUAUCUAUCUAUCUACCUGUCUGUCUGUCUGUCUUUACCUGUCUCUCUCGGUCUCUAUGUCUCUCUCUCUCUCUAUAUAUCCUUUUCUCUGAGAGCCACCUUCUGUGUAUAGCUGCACAUGAUGAUGUUAAUGUGUGUGCAUAUAAAUCUCAUUUCUUAUGUACUCUAAUGCUUGCAUGGUUUCAUAUUAUUUUAAAAUAUAAUUGGGAUGAAUGCAGGACGAGACGGAAUUGACAGUGCCUUAUCUGUGUAAAUAUGACAGUAAAAGCUUUUAUUGGAAUAACCAGCAACAUGAGAAGGAUGUUAACAAUGAGAGAGAGAGAAUGAGAAAAGAGUCAUGAACUUAUUGUCAGUCUUAUCUUCCUUUGCGUAGAUGUUAUAAUGUGGAAAAAGGAACCAUAUAUGUUGUUAUUAUUUGAAGUUUUGACUUUUGUUUGCUACAUACAAUCACAUUUUUUUUAGAUGAUAGGGAGAAUAGUGUUUGUCAGUUUUAUUUAAUUUUGUUGUAUAUUUAAAAAAAAAUGUAUUAAUGUAAAGUACAACUGUGAUUUCUUGGUAGGGUAAAUUCCCUUCGAUAUGGAAUAAUUUUCUUUAUGAAAUUAACCUGUAAAAUAAAGUGUAGUAAGUCAAUGACAUUGCUUUAUUUACGUGUAGAGUAAAAUGCACAUCCAUCAUUUUCUCUUUGUAUUCACUAGAAUGUUUGAUGAUAUUACUGUGAAGAAACUGUCUUUUAUCAAGAAAGCUGUUAAAAUCUGAUGAUUAAAUGAUUGUGCUAACUGUAUUAAUUUCUCUUCCAUAACUCAUUAAUGCAAAUACAUAAGAGGCAGUACAUACAUGUAGCAAUCAUACAUUCUUUCAGGGAUCAACGCCUGAAAGAAUUAUAUGAAUAAAUAUAAAUCUAUGUAAAAACCAUCUCAAUGUUAUUAAUUACUAAGUUGAUGAAAAGUCAUAAAGUAUAUUGGUUUGAGAAGCCUUUAUUGAAUACUUUUUCUGUCAAGGAUCUCAUUAUGAUAUUAUCAGUUGCUCAUCUAUUCUAACAUGAAGAAAAUCAAUUAUGUUGUAAGGAUAAUGGUACAGUUUUUAAGUGUAUGCAACAUUGCUAUUUUUCAAUUACAUUGGCCAGUAAAAGAACCAAAUCAGUAUUUGUAUUUUAAGUUUUGCUAAGGCCAUUGGGAUAUUGAUACCAGAUACCCAUUAACACUGGAUGCCCAUGGCUGUGCCUUUAAAAGUACAUGUAGAUGCUGUGUUUAUAUCUCACUUAAUAUGCCUUGAUGUAUGUACUUUGUUGAAACAAUAUUCUCUGUCAACUGUUGUGUUUAAUAAAUGUGUCUUUAGUUACAUUUUAGUUUUUUAGUUACAUUUCCCAGUAGUCUGCAUUACUAGGAUGUAAUGAUCAAUAAUUAUCAUCUUUGAGAUAAAAUUAAUAUCUGUGUUGCUAUCUUUCCAUGUUUACAUCUUUCCAUGUUUACAUCUUUCCAUGUUUACAUGUUAUGACUAUCAUAGAGAUUUGGAUUUCAUAAAGUCAGGUGUUGCUGAAACUUGAUACUAGGUACUAUACCAUAAUGCUGAUUUAAAUAAUUAUAAUAAAAAAAGAGUUGAAUUAUUCAAGUGAUAAAGUAUAAGAAUAUAUCCACUGGAUGAAAAAAAAAUAAAGGUACAGUACUCUGAAGUUUUUGUUGCUUCAAGGAGCAAACCAGACUAUGUGCAAGUUGUCUUAGCUGAUGAUAUCACAUGAUCACUUUGCCAUAUGGAGUAUGCAUUUUUUUCUGCUGCAAAAAUGUGAAAUACAAUUGAUAGAAUUCAUGGCUCAUGAUGGAGCCUAUGUCAUAAUAUAACUAAGAUUGUCAGUACUGUAACUUAUUGUGACACCAGGGAGAGAUUGUUCAUACACUCCUGUUUUACUUUUUUGUGAGAGGAAAUAUUCAGAAUUUCUGUAAUAAAUAUUAAAAUGAAUGAAAUCUCUUUCGACAUAAAAAU